AUGGCCGAUAAUACCACCGCCGAGCAGUCCGCUGCGAGCCAACUCUUGCAACAACAUAUGUCGCAUCGUGCCACUGUUGAGGAUGCCGUUGAUGAGGACCUGCCCUCUCAACCAUCCGGCAGCGAAGCAGCAGCGUCGCCGUCCAGCAAAGGAGCUGAAAAACAGAAGAACCAGGACACGGCGGGCUUGGCCACCCGAUCUCACGAGCUGUUCCCAGAACUCGGGGGAGCAGCGCCCAAACCCUCCUCGGCCGCUCCCCCUAUCUGGGCUGCGCGGGCUGGUGUGAACGGCAAGCCCAAUGGCUCCAGCCCGGCCAAUGGCACUCCGCCGACGUCAACGCCCCCUUCUGGCGUCUCCACGCCCACUCCCCCGGCUCUGCGCGGCCCGCCGAAUCUCUCCAUUCCGGGACGCAACGUUGAGUACACGCUUCUCGAACCUCACCACGUGCUUCCUCGUACUCAGUUGAAGCGGCCUCUGCCGGAUAUCGUCAAGGACUUCAAUCGCAAGUCGCGUGCCCAGGUCAAGGUGAUGACUCAGCCCGAUGGUAAGGUCAGGGUGGAGGCAGUUGGCCCGCAGGAGAUCGCGACACAGGCGUUGAAGGACUUCAUUACUCUUAUCGGCACUAAGCUUUCCAUCAAGGUGUCUAUUCCUCGUUCCGCCAGGGCCCACAUCAUCGGCAAGGGCGGCUCUACCAUCAAGGCAUUGCAGGAGAAGACCGGCGCUCGGAUUCACAUGCCCAAGAUUGAAGAGGGUCAGGCUCCCGUGGAGGAGGAUGAUGAUAGUCUGAUCGAUGUCAUCAUUGAAGGCAAUUCUCAGGAGGCCGCCGCAGCCCGAAAUGCUGUCCUCAAGAUCGCCGGCGAGCGUGCAGCCAACGUCACCACGCGGCUGAAGGGGAUACCUGUUGAGUUUUAUCCCUUCAUCGCUGGCCCGAAGAACAGCUCGAUUACCAGUUUCGAGCAGGACAAGGGGAUCCAGGUUCGGGUACCUCCUUAUCACGCCUGGUCAUCCCAACCUCCAACUGUGCCGGCUCCUGGACAGCGCCCGGAGUUCGCUCCUGCGACCGAGAGCUUCAUUCAGCUGGCGGGCGAGCGCGAGGCAGUCAAGGCCGCCCGCGAAGCCAUUGAGAAGCGUGCACAGGAGCUCCGCGAGCAGCUGAUGUUGGAGCAGCUCUCCAUCCAACGUGGACGUCACCAAUUCAUCAUUGGGGAGAGAGGCAUCCCUCUGGACGACUUCUUCGAGGAGACAGGAUGCACAAUUGUCAUGCCAACCGACGAGGACGACGAUAUGGUGACCAUCAUCGGCCCGGCUGACCAAGUUCAGGCCGGUUUGGAGAAAGCGAUGGACUUGGCCAUGAAUAUGCAGUGCUCCAACAUCGACAUCUCUCGCUUCCAUCGUCAAGCGCCGGGUGGUGCUGCAGCUCACGCACGCAACGUAACUCGCUAUCUCCGCCAAGUGAGGGAGAUACAACGGCUGGAGAAGUUGUAUAAUGUGCACUUUAACACACCGUUCUCUGAGGAAGGCGCCCUGCCAUGGGAGCUCUACUCGCGCGACGGCAAGAACGCCAUCAGGGCCCAGUCUGAAAUCAAGGGCCUUGUGGACGCGCACCCCCCAGCGCGCAUGGCUACUGUUGCUGUCGAUCCCUUCUUUCAUCAGUACAUUCGUAACGACGUAACUCCCCAGGUCAGACGGGAAUACGGCGUUCGCCUGGUUGUACCCGAAGCCUCGGAGGCAGAUGCGCCUGUCCUCUUGGUGUAUGAGGGAACUUCAGCCGCCGACUCAUACCAGAUUCCGCGAUCCCAGCCCACCCAAAACGAGCUCAAGGAGAUGCAAAAGUGGCUGCAAGACGCUCAGGCCUACAUAACUAGCUUGAUCAAUCAGCAGGAGUCUCUCUCCUCGAGAGCCAUUGAAGUGCCGCAGAAGUACCAUGACAAACUCCGGAAGUUCAUCAAGAAAGAACAGGAAAAGCGGCCGGCCAAUCAGAUUCCAGUUCGCGUGUCGAAUGUCGGCACAACGGUCAACAUCCGCGGUCCUAGCUCGGCCGUGGAAUCCCUCGCGAGCAAGUGCUUGGACUUCAUUGAGCAAGAGAAGCAGGACGAGAAGGAGCGAGGAUUUACUCUGGAAUUUGAGUUCCCUCAAAAGUUUGCUAAUCAUCUAAUCGGUAAAGGGGGGAGCAACAUCCGGGACCUACGCGAGAAGUUCGACGUCGACAUUCAGGUCAACGACGGAAAAGUCCAGCUGAAGGGUCCAAAGGCCAAGGCUGAGGCGGCGAGGACGCAUAUCAAUGCUCUUGCUCGUCAGCUACAGGAUGAGACAACUCACGUCUUAAAGAUUGACCCCAAGUUCCACCGCGAGCUCAUCGGCGCCCAAGGCGCACAAAUCAACCGCCUUCAGACCCGGUACAAGGUGUUGAUCUUCUUCCCCCGUGGCACAAAGAGCACCAGGGACGACGAGUCUGUUGCCGAGUCAGCCAGCGAUGCCGGCAAGCCACGCCGUCAACAAGCCGCCGACGAAGUUAUCGUCCGCGGCCCCAAGCGAGGUGCCGAUGAGGCGCGCGACGAAUUGCUGUCGCUGGUACAAUAUUUGAGGGAUAACUCCUUCACAGCCACUGUCACUGUCCAACAGAAGCAGGUCCCUUCUUUGAUCGGCUCAGGCGGCGCUGCUUUGGAAGAGCUGCGUCAGUCUACUGGUGCCAAGAUUGACAUUCCGAGCGCAAAAGACUCUGCCGACACUGAGGUGGAGAUUUUGAUUAAAGGUACUAAAACGCAGGUCGCCGCGGCUAAGAAGAUUUUGGAGGAGAAGAAGGCCAUUUUUGAGGACACUGUGGUCAAGACGAUCGACGUAGACAGAAAGUACCACAAGGCUCUCAUCGGUUCUGGCGGCUCAAACCUGCGUGACAUCGUCCUCAAGGCAGGCGGUUCUGAUGAUAGGCGGGAGCUUGCACGCACUGUCCAGUUCCCCAAGCAGGAUGCCGAUGGAAACACCAUCAAGGUAGAGGGCCGCAGCGAGGUCGUCGACAAGAUCAUUGCCCAGAUCCAGGCCAUCGUGUCCGAGCGCGAAAGCCAGGUCACAGAAGUUCUGGAAGUGCCUGUUGAGAAGCAUAGGUCCCUGAUCGGCCGUGGCGGUGAAGUCAAGCGAGGUCUCGAAUCUCAGUUCAAGGUCUCUAUCGACAUUCCUCGCCAAGGUAGCGGCCAGACCGCCGUCAAGAUCGCCGGACAGUCGACCGACGUUGAGAAGGCCAAGGCUCAUAUCGAGUCCCUGGUCAGAGAUCAACCAGGAGAGACGAUUCAGAUCCCGCGUGCUCUCCAUCAUGCCGUGUCUAGCAAUGGGCAGAUGUUUAGGAGGCUCCGGAAUGACUACCACGUCACGGUCGAUCAUGCGGGGCAUCCCGUUCCGCCCAAGCCGGCGGCCCCUACCAGCACGCGGGCGAAUGGCGGUCCGCUCCCGCUAAUCACCGACGAGGCCGAGACGGCUGCCGACGCCCACUCGUGGAAGGUUGUGGAACUCGCAUCGGGCGAGGAAGGAGAGAUUCCAUGGGUUCUCCGGGGUUCACCUGAAAACGUCGAGAAGGCGAAGAAGGCCAUUGAGGUGGCCCUUGAACAGGCCGGCAAGCAAACCGCCACGGGUUAUCUUGUUCUUCCGGAUCCGAAGACAUACCGCUAUGUCAUCGGCCAGGGCGGUAGCAAAGUCAAUUCGAUCCGCAAGCAGAGCGGCUGUAAGAUCACCGUGCCCCGUGACCAGGCCAAGGGCGAGGCUAUCGAGGUGGUCGGCACUAAGGAAGGCGUGGAGAAGGCCAAGGAGCUGAUUUUGGCUGCUGUCCGGGAGGGUGUCAACAGCAGACCUGCGCGGGAGUAG